CGAUGAAAUCGCAAACGAGUGGGUACGUGGACCCACAAACAGAGGAAUAUGAUGAGUCUCGUGAAAAGAGUUAUCAAGUUCUGAUUGCCGUUUCCGGAGUUCUUUCGAUCACAUCUCUUCUUAUUCUUGUUUUAUUCGUCCCUUCAAUGUACAAUUAUGUCGAUAACAUUUCACGGUUCUCAAGGCGAGAUUUCGAAUUUUGUCAGGCAUCCGCAAAUGAUUUAGAAACUGAAAUGAUGUCUGUUAGAGAAGGGCUUUUGAGAGGAAGAAAUGUAACGAAAAGGGCUGCUGGAUAUGGACAUUAUAAUCCAUCAAUGCUGGCUGCCGAUUCACCACAAUUUCAAGAGUGUCCAGCCUGCUGUAUUCCGGGAGAACGUGGACCAUCAGGAGACUCUGGACUUCCAGCUCUUCCAGGAGCACCUGGACCCGAUGGAGCACCAGGACGACCAGGAACCACUCCAAAUGCCUCAUGUAUUCCAGAAAGAGUUUUCGAGCCACCACCAUGUCUUCCAUGUCCACAAGGACCACGUGGAGUUCCAGGACAUCCAGGAUUCCCAGGUGAUCCAGGAGAGUAUGGAAUUGGAGGAAGACCAGGAUCCGAUGGAAUGCCAGGGAAACCAGGAGAUCCAGGACUCGCAGGACCAAUUGGACCACCAGGAGAAUCUGGACCAAUUGGAGAUAAGGGAAGAACACCAGAAGCACAUGUUAUUCCAGGACCACCUGGAGAUUCUGGAUUACCAGGACCAUGGGGACCACCAGGAUCAGCUGGUAUGCCUGGAGAAGAUGGAUACGCAGGAACACCUGGAGAGAAGGGAUGGCCAGGACCGCCAGGAGCACCAGGACCAGGUGGAAUGCCUGGACCAAAUGGUCCAACUGGAGAACAAGGACCUUCUGGUACUCCUGGUACUUGUGUUUGCCAAGAUACUGAAGUAGUUAUGAAUGAUGAAAAGGGACGUGUUCCAGCUCCACGUGAUAAUGUUGCUCCGGGAGCCACGGGUGGAUCAUAUGAACCACAAGGAGGAAAUGAUGCAGCUGCUCCAUCAGCAAUUUCUCAGAGUCAAAACGACGGAUACGGAAAUGGUGAAUCAGUCAGUAAUCAUAAGAAUAAUGGAGGAUAUUAUCACUUGCGUAAAUUCACACAAUAGUUGAUUCUCUCUGCAUCCUUUUUUGACCGUACCUCAUUAUGAUCUAGCCCGAUUUCGGCAGUUGCUAAACUAAGGGUUUUCUCUUUAAUUUUCUUCGUUGUUUCUUUCCAAAAAUUCAAACAUUCCACAGUUGUUUAUGACCAUCUAAUAAGUGUAAUUAUUAAUAAAUCUUACAUGAU